CACUGGUAGCAGCGUGGUGCAUGCUAAUGAAAGGCAAUAAAGCGAAAAGAAGAGUCGCAGAAAGAUGUAUGUCAGUCUGUAGCCUUCUUCUGUAUGACCUGAACAAAUAUGAGUUGAUGGUGCGUCGAGUCUGUCGGUGAACAGCAGAUCAUUUGCGCCAAAACAUUCACGAGGUCAAAGUCGAUUUCAUCCACGGUCCUCAAGAAGGUAUCGUCGUCCGUGACGUGCCACAAAUUGUCAAGGAGUCAGUCCGUGGUGCAGAAGCUGCAGCAAUUAUAAUUGAAAAAAAGAAAAAAAAAUUAGAGUCCUCAAGUGGUAAAAUAUUUCGCUGUGAACUGGUCAAAUUCAACAAAACAAAAAAAGAAGAAAAGUACAACGUCUUUAGUCGAAAAGCAACAACUUUCCUGGUCCUCAGUGAGAUGCGGUCCUAAUCCUGAUAGUACUCCCUUAUACCGUAGUAUCAUAGUACCCUUACCCCAUAGUACCAUAGUACUCUUACCCAUUAAUACCAUAGUAACGUAUAGUACCUUCUGCAGCGUAUAAUUUCACCUUGUAUGAAUGACACGCUCCUUUUUCUCUUGCGUUUGGUUCUCGUUUUUCUUAGACGCCGUCACGCGGCAUCUUGUAAUUGUGCGCUCUGGCUGUUGACACACGUUCAACGCCGUCGACUCUUCAAUUCCCUCAUGUCGAUGUGUGCCGAUGAUAAGGGCAAUACAGUAGAGUCGCCCUCGAUCACUUUUGUGAAACGAAGCUCCGUACCCUGCUACCUUAGAGAACGAGCUUCACUUUCGGAACUUAUCGCCGACCCAGAUCACCUCGCCCCGAUGAUUUCGCAACGGCUGAAGAAAACAGCAGCGUGCCAGGCAUGGCUAAACGUUCGGUACGAAACCGUAUUUUCCCCUCUGGGCGUCCGAGUGCGAGGAGGGGGAAAGAAAGACCGACCGGCGAACGAGUUGCCCUGCCAAUAAGGGACGGAACGAUCCUUGAACGAGCACGCGCAAAAACGGUGCGCGACAAAUAUGGGGUUCGGUUGACGCGCGAAUCGCUGUGUAACCAUUGUGUGGAACUAGUGGAUGUUGUACCCUCUUCGGUUUGGAUGUGUGGGGGUCGGCAUAAUGGAAGGUUUCUGACACGUCGCCCAUCCAUCAUGAUACCGGUCCUCUUGGCUGCGCUGUUGGUCGCGUGUCAAUGUGCGCCGGCCGACAGGGACGAUCCGGUCCUGUCGCACGGCUACAGCGUCAACACUGGAUUGUCUUCCAUACUGUACGAGGACUUCUCGCUUCCCCGCAUGACUCGCUACACCACUAGCAUCAAACACGGCCAACAUCAGCAUGGCGGUAUCUCAGGCCAAUUAUAUCCUCCUGGUCUGCAGUACGGAGACGCUGUGUCCAAAGUCACCGUGUCCUUCGGGAGCCGGAUUCCUCCGCUAGAGGGUGCUGUGCCGGGGGAACAGUUUGCUCAAGGGUUGAAUCCCCCCGUUCCGAACGGACAGUUCGUGCCAACCAGUGGAACUUCCGGUAUACCCGGCGGACUGUACGGAGCUCCGUCGAACGUCGGCCAAAGCUAUGGCUUUCGUGCCCCGUCGGGCAUCGCCGCGGAUGGCUCCUACGUACUUUCCCCCGUCCCAGUGGAGCAGGGACAGCGGUAUGAUUUUCGUGGCUCGGUCUCCAAUCAGCGGCCUCCUACUCUACCCUUCGUCACCCCUGAUCCCCCGAGUGAUUUUACCAACAAAGGGUACCGGCAUAACUUCCGGUAUUCCUAGCGGUGGGUCUCUGACCCCAACGUCUGUGCCGUACAACCCAGCCGGGACCCCUGCAACGACAAACGGAUACAUCGUGCCAUCUAACGGGACCUACGUUUCACAACCUGGUGUGCCUCUUAUCUACUCACAGGGCCCUCACGACGGACAGGGCAUUGGCGUCGGACCUGGAAUGCGACCGUACACGGACUUUGCGCAGCAAACGUCCGUACGAGACACAGGUGACGAUUUCAUACCCCGCGCUUCUCCUCCUCCGUACCUGGAUCCUAAUACGCUCGUUAUACCGAGAAUUGCGAACCCCGAAACACCAGUGUUGGAUACGGAGGUUGUUAAUGCGAGAGAUACCUUCGGGGACACCGCAGUAUCAACGGAGUCUGGAGUGGACCUAGCACGGAGCAACACUUCCAAGUCCCAUAACUGGAACUCGACCGACCCUUUACUGAAAAAGGUGAGCAACUUUAGCCCAAGCUCGCCAGAUGCGCCCGGUCCUUCCGAGGGAGCGACUCCGGAACCCACUGACCUGUUGGACGUUUCCGAAAACCAUGAAGUGUCAGUGCCGGAGUAUAACUUGCCUCCGCGUGUUCGCCCUAAAGUACCAAACUGGACUUCGAAGGACAGUUCCAGAGGCGCCAGUAGUAGGCGCGGGAACUCUGCGGCUCCAACAUUGACACGUGCUUCGGAAGAUAAGUCCACUCUUAAGGAUGAAAGUGCGACCGAAAUCCAAGCACGGUCUUCAGCGUCCAAGCUUUCUCCCACACGUUUACAAAUUCCAGAAUACGUUCUUCAGACUGUGCGUGUGAACGGUGAAACCCCGGAUAAAUCUAUUGAGCGUCCGGAAGUUCCGUCUAGUGGGACGUUUUCAAAGGAGUCUGCGAGUGCAUCAGGCUCGGACGGUGCCAAAGGUAGAACUGCUGUACGUCCUACGGGUUCAAUUAACAGUCCUCCAACAGCCUCACGGGAGUUGCUCGAUCCUGCUAAGAUUCCCAAGAUACCUUUCAAACGCCGCGUUCCCGCUAAAGUUCUUACCGAUCAGAUAGUAAAUAGUAAGGCGAAUUCUGAAGAAGAAAAAAGUGUCUCUGCUACUGCCGUGCUGUCUUCCAGUAUGAGGUCCAUUGAAGUGGAAGCUUCUAGUACAUCGCAAACCGUGCAUAAACCUAAACUUACAUUGGAAACUAAAAAGCCUUCUACAGGGCUAUCUUCAAAUAGUCGUGAAGGAUCGAAAAAUGUUAACGCGGCAUCGACAGUUCUUCCUUCUGAGAUACUUUCGGUUAAUGGCAGUCCGGUAAGCACCCGUAUUGUCCCUCUGCCAUCUCCUUCGAAAACAUCUAAACAUUCACACACUCGUACCAACACCGUGACCGACGUAGAGCAUUCUGAUCCCAACACCACGAGCAGUACACCUUUGGCCCCAACAGCUACUUUGUCCCCAAGUUUCGUAACAGUCGCUUCGACUGUGCUUCCCACCACUUCACCAUCUAGAGUAACAACGCCGAGCAUGCGGCCGUCCGAACCAAUAACCUCUUUACAAGUGCGGAAGAACACCUCCAAAACGGCGAAAAGCUCUUCCAGCAAAUCGAGCAAGAUGUUUGUGCCAGCUACUUUACUCCCGAAAUCUUCAAACACGGAGGAGCACGGAACGAUAUCAGACACUGGAACUGAAUCUGUUAUACCAUCCUUCGUACCGUCAUCCGUUUUAUCUUCAUCCUUUAGCGAAAUGGAUGCCACGGCCGUAUCUACAUCAAUUCCGUCCCCUUCCCUAUCGUCACUUCGACCUACAGAACCGCAAGGAGAUAGUCCGAAGCCGACAAGAACUCUGCAUCGCGCUGGUACUGUCAAAUCAAACAGCACUAACCUACAGACUCCGGCGAAACAUGAUAAGACGGCUACGCAUUCUUCGAUUCAGAGUGCAGAUUCAAUAAGCACGCUAUCUUCAAUCGAGUUUGCAAACACAUUAGCAUUUUCUAGGUCUCCGACAAACGCUUCCAGCGUUGAAUCGACACUGACGACGGUGACCUCGUCGCCAGUGAUUCGAGAUAUGAAAUCGGUCUCUUCGACGUUUGCAUCUCGUAAAGAGAACGGAACUUUAAGUACUACGUCCUACUCUGAUUCGAAGCUAGAUCCCGCUUUAGCCACACCAUCUGCGAUGCAGUCGCCAUCCAAGGCUUCAUCACCGCCGUCUGGUAUGCUAAAAUCGUCGGUUAUCAAAUCCAGUAUGCAUAGCACAUUGACGAGCGCUCCAAGCACCACAAAAUUCACGGUGCCCCUAUCAGCUCUCGCGUCUAGAACAAAGAAAGCCCAACAAGGAACAUCAUCUCCUGCGGUCGGUCUUGAGACUUCGGACACUUCCCCCAGCGACGCUGUGCAGCUUACAUCUACAGUGAGCUCGCAGCAUUCCGUGUCCUUACAGUCCUCUGUAACUCCUUCUCUUUCAUCUAAGGUAGUACCACGUGCUCGCCUUAGUAUCUCAUCCUCACCUCCAGAAUCCCCUCGUACUAACAUACCAGUAGCGUCCCCUACGGUCGUAGACAAUAUGUCCAAAGUGUCAAAGUCCGCAAGCCUUGCCCCAUCCCUCAUGUCUUCUACCCCCAUUUCAUCAUCUCCUUCCUCUCGCCUUUCCGACGCAUCAGACGUCAUUCCGUCUGUCCUGACACCCGUGCCGCAUCCUAAAGAGCCUUCCACUUCUAUCUCUCCCUCUCGUACCGAACCUACAAAGUUAUCUCCUGCAACGAAGGUUGUUCCUCAACAAUCAUCAAGAAGUACCGGGCAAAAUGGUACCCGUGCAAAUUCAACCCGACGACCGCGCCCCUCGCAUACAACAUCUGUUCCAACAACGGUCGUACACACAGAUGUACCAACAACUGAGUUUCCUAUGGAGCACGCGAAUGCUACGACUGGUGCUACAACUCAGGUCUCUGUCCUCCAGUCGAAAAAUAGAGCAACAGAGCAGAUGACAACAGUCGCAACAGACGUGCCAAUAGUUGGGGAGACCCAACCAACAACGAAGUCGUCUAUGGAACAAGCGAAUGCUACGGCUGAUGCUACAACUCAGGUCUCUGUCCUCCAGUCGAAAAGUACAGCAACAGAGCAGAUGACAACAGUCACAACAGACGUGCCAAUAGCUGGGGAGACCCAACCAACAACGAAGUUGUCUAUGGAGCACGCGAAUGCUACGACUGGUGCUACAACUCAGGUCUCUGUUCUCCAGUCAAGAAAUACAACAACAGAGCAUAUGGAUAUAGUCACAACAGACGUGCCAAUAGUUGGGGAGACCCAAGCAACGUUGCCAGAUGAUGAUGUCUCGGAGACACAAACGGGACAGGACACUUCGAGAGCCUAUCCCGUUCCUGUGAACGACACCGGAGUGUCGCCCGCAUUGUCGCAAGGGAACGAACCCUCUGCCACGUCGCCAUCACCGGAAACAGACGACAACAGUCCUCCAUCUCACCUGCUAGUGUCCAGGAGCAUGCCUCUGUGGCCCUUCUUGGCACCACUCCUCUUGCUAUUGUUUCUGCCGCCUGCAGUGUGGUUUCUGCUACGCCCCGUCAGGGUGCGUCCGCCGCGUCCCAGGUGGGUUGUGUGAGCAGAAGUGUGCCAACCUGUGUGAAGUGUUCAUCAAACAAUUCCUCGUUGAACAUUAUUAUUAUUAUUUUCUGGAGGGCUUUGUGACCCAGACUGUAUUAAUCAAAUUUUACAGUACUUCACCGCAUAAACCCACGCUGAUCCAACAACAUUCAGAGUUGUUAUUCAGAAUGAUAUCGUUCACUGUCUCUUGAUUUGUUCAUAAUUGAGGGCGUACGCCUUUUUGUGGCAAUCAACAUGUAUCCGAAUUGCUACAAAGGAGCGUACAUUCUGAAAACGCAGCUUCACCACGUAGCACGCUGAAGGCCAACCACUGCCAAGAAUGGUACAGUUAUCAGUCCUGAUCUGUGGGAAGCACAGGGCGUACGCCCCUUCUGUGACAAUUAACAUAAUUUCAUCAGCCUUCCGGUAUCAACAAAUCAGGGGAGGUAACCAUGCCAUUCGUCGUGAUGGUUCGAUGCGCGUUCUGUUUCAAAGUUCUCUUUUAGGGUACGCCCCCCUUUUAUGUACGCCCCCCAGUUUAUCAUCAAAUGAGGACGGAUAACUGCACCAUUCGGCACAAUGAUUGGCGCAGGGCGUGUUAUGCAGUGAAGUUCUGUUUCUAGAGUGCAUAUCUGGAGUUGACUGAUAAAUUAUGCUGUGCGUUGAACUUUGCCCCACUUUGGUGUGGUCAGCUGUGUGGUUCGUCGUAUGGAAUACUGAUACGGUGUACAUAUUAUGUAUUAUAUGUAUUAUUUUGUAUUAUUGUGUGGUGUGCUACGAGUGUGCACUAUAAAAUAUAAAAGUUUU